AUGGAGGAUUUCAUUUAUCUUCAAGUUCCAUUUGUAUUAGCUGAACAAGCUACUCUCCUUCAAAUCGAAAAGAUUAUUAAUCAAAGUGGUAAAACGCAAUCUGAUUAUAAUUUGCCUGUUGUUGAUGAAUUCAUAGAUUUUAAUCUAGAAAAUUUAAAUGAUAAUGUUCAGAAAUCAUUUGAUGAAGCUAAUAGAAUGAGACCGCUUCUUAAUGUCAAUCAAUUAAAUGUAAGUAAUGCUGUCAUUGCUGCAUUGAACGAGCAACCAUGUGUAGAAAAUCAACAUUCCAGAUUGUUUUUUAUGGAUGGACCAGCCGGUAGUGGCAAAACUUUUACAUAUAAUUAUUUGGUUGCUGAGAUGAGCAGUAGGGGUGUUAAAUCUGCUACAGCUGCAUGGACUGGCAUAGCAGCAACUCUUCUUACAAAUGGAUCUACGCUGCACGGGUUAUUUAAACUUCCUGUCCCAAUACUGGACAACAGCACAUGUAAUGUGACUCCUAACUUUAUUCAGGGACAAUUUUUAAGGCAAGUUAGUUUGUUUAUGCUUGACGAGACAUCCAUGAUUCCCAAACACGCUUUAAAUGCAAUCGAUCGGUUGUUAAAAGAUGUUUGCAACAACAACUUUCUAUUUGGAGGAAAAGUCAUACUUUUUAGUGGUGACUUUAGGCAAAUUUUGCCUGUUGUAAAAAGAGGGAGACCAGCUGAAGUUGUAGAAUCAUGUAUAAAAUGUUCUUUACAGUGGCAAUGGGUGCAUAAGUUUACAUUAACUAAAAAUAUGAGAGUACGUGAUGGAGAAGGAGAUUUUUCCGAAUGGCUGUUAAAACUUGGUAGUGGAACAAUACCUGGCAAGGAGGAAGAUCCUUUUAAGGGAUGUAUUGAAAUACCGCAACAGUGCAUUAUUAGAGAAAACGAAUCAAUUGUUGAAAAAAUAUUUGGAGAUGCUCAACAAGAUGAUUAUGCUAAACGUGUCAUUUUAACACCCACUAAUGUGGAUUCAUUGUCAAUCAAUAAAAAAGUGCUUGAACGUCUACAUGGAGAAGUCAAAACUUAUUUAAGUGCUGAUCAAAAAGACACUGACGAUCUUAAUGAAAUAAAUAGUUUCCCUGCUGAGUAUUUGAACAGCUUAACUCUUUCAGGUAUGCCUACUCAUUCUUUAAAAUUGAAAAUUGGUUGUGUAAUUAUGCUACUUAGAAAUUUAGAUCUUAAAGCUGGGCUAUGUAAUGGAACCCGAAUGAAAGUUUGUGCUCUCCAAAACAAUUAUAUCGAUGCAGAGGUUUUGACAGGUGUUUCUGAAGGUAAACGGGUAUUUGUUCCUUGA